AUGAAGAAAACAAGUUUUAAGAUCAAAACUUUGAUAGGUAAUAAGAAUGAAGAUGAGUUUCAAGAUCAAAGCUUUGAUGGGUUUAAUGCUGAGAGGAAUGAUGAGGAUAGAAAUAUUAUCAAUGAAAAAAAUACUACUUAUGAUUUAGGAGAAACAAGAGUUAUAAUGACUUUGGGUAUUAAUCGUGAUGAAUAUUGGAAUACUAAUAAACUUAUUAAGUAG